AUUCCUUUUACAUGACUCGUGAGUAAAGAAAGAAAAGUGUGCGCAGCAGCGAAUUCCAAGUACAACCGACCCAGCUGCUUGGAAUUCAUGAAAACCACGCUGAUCGUCUUGCUUCUAUCAGCGAUUUCUUACUUCUGAGUUCAGACCUUGCUUUCUUCUUCAAUGGACUCUGUUCCCUUUCGCGAUGGCAACAUACACAAACUGCUCCAGACACGUUACCUCAACACUCGUCUAGAUGUUAAUCAUACUUUGCAGACACACUCUUCGUUGAUUCGGAGGCUUUCUCAAGACAGAGAGUUAGAGGGCCACCUUGGCUGUGUUAAUGCGGUGGCUUGGAAUUCCACAGGUUCAAUGCUGAUAUCUGGAUCAGAUGAUACAAGGAUCAAUAUUUGGAGCUACUCUAGUAAAAAACUUUUGCAUUCAAUUGAUACUGGACAUUCUGCAAAUAUAUUCUGUACCAAGUUUGUACCAGAAACUUCUGAUGAGCUUGUAGUCUCUGGAGCUGGAGAUGCUGAAGUUCGGUUAUUUAACCUGUCUCGCUUAAGUGGGAGAGGGUUCAGUGAUGAGGCCAUUGCUCCAUUCGCACUUUAUCAAUGUCACAGUCGAAGAGUCAAGAAAUUGGCUGUUGAAAAUGGAAAUCCCAAUGUGGUGUGGAGUGCUAGUGAAGAUGGGACCUUAAGACAGCAUGAUUUUCGGGAAGGUACCACUUGUCCUCCAGCAGGAUCUUCACAUCAAGAGUGUCGAAAUGUUCUACUUGACUUACGGAGUGGAGCUAAAAGGUCACUUGCUGAUCCUCCUAAACAAGUCCUUGCUCUAAAAUCUUGUGAUAUUAGCUCAACUAGGCCGCAUUUGCUCCUUGUUGGUGGGAGUGAUGCCUUUGCACGUUUAUAUGAUAGAAGGAUGCUACCACCCCUGAGUUCCUGUCGGCAAAGAAUGUCUCCACCUCCUUGUGUUAAUUACUUCUGUCCAAUGCAUCUUUCUGACCGUGGACAUCCAAGCUUGCACUUAACUCAUGUUACAUUUAGUCCUGAUGGACAUGAGGUUCUUCUCAGCUAUAGUGGAGAGCAUGUUUACUUGAUGAAUGUAAAUAACGCUGGAGUGAAUGAGUUGCAGUAUACUCCAGAAGACGUUUCAAAGCUGAUGACAUACUCUCCAACAAUUAAUGGGGUAGAAUUGCAACCGUUUGUCUCCAAUGUCUUCCCAAAUGGAUUUUCUGUUAAAAAUAACAUUGCUGCAAAGCUUGAAAAGUGCAGGAAACUAUUAAAGUUCGCUAAGAGGUCAUUGGACGACGGGAUGCCCUAUCAUGGAAUUGAGGCAUGCAAUGAAGUUAUGAAUGGCUACAGUCAUAUUAUUGUGCCUGCACUAAAACAUGAAUGCUUGUGUAUGCGUGCUGCACUAUUGCUUAAGAGGAAGUGGAAAAAUGAUGCUCAUAUGGCUAUAAGAGACUGCUAUGCUGCCAGGAAAAUUGAUACUUCCUCCUAUAAAGCACUUUAUUAUAUGUCAGAAGCAUUGUCACAGUUGGGUAGACACAAAGAAGCUUUAGAUUUUGCUGUUGCUUCCCACUCUUUGGCCCCAUCCAAAUCUGAAGUUGCAGAAAGAGUUGAGAAUGUGAAGAAGGAUAUUGCUUUAGCUGAAGCUGAGAAAAAUCGUAAGACGGAUGAUGGAGCAUCAAGGUCUGACCGUCGAGGUGGAAGGAUAUUAUCAUUAAGUGACAUACUCUAUCGUUCAGAGGCUAAUAGUGAUGGUUCUCAAGACGAUCAAAGAUCAGAGAGGGAUGACUCUGAUUAUGAUGAUAAUGAUGAUGAUGAUGAUGAUGAUGAGGAAUUGGAGUUGGACUUUGAAACAUCAAUAUCUGGUGAUGAGGGGCAUGAUCCUGAAUCAAAUAUUCUUCAUGGGAGUUUAAAUCUUAGAAUUCACCGAAGAGAUGACUCCAGAGAACCUGCUGGUGCAGAAGACUCAUGUGAAUCACCCUCAUCAUCAUCGCAGAAUGGUAGAGCGGCUUACCAGCCUGAAGCAGCUGUUGAUAUGAAGCAGAGAUUUAUUGGCCACUGCAAUGUUGGGACAGAUAUAAAACAAGCCAGUUUUCUUGGUCAAAAAGGUGAGUAUGUUGCCAGUGGAAGUGAUGAUGGCAGAUGGUUUAUCUGGGAAAAGCGAACUGGUAGACUCAUAAAAAUGCUGAAUGGCGAUGAAUCCGUUGUAAAUUGUGUACAAUGCCAUCCAUUUGAUUUUGUUGUGGCAACUAGUGGAAUCGACAGCACAAUAAAGAUAUGGACUCCAAGUGCUCCAGUUCCAUCAUCGGUGGCUGGUGGUUCAUCAGGACCAGAAAGUGGUGAUGUGUUGGCUGCUAUGGAGAGCAAUCAACAAAAAUUAUCCCGUAACCGCAACUCUAUCCUGCCCUUUGAGCUUUUGGAGCCUUUCAGAAUGCAUGAGUUUCCUGAAGGGUCAUUACGCCUGCGCCCUUUUGAAUGCGCCCAAAGCUAAGGAUUCGCUAAUUCUCACCUGCUGUUGACAUUAUCUAUUGAACAAAGUAUUUUAAGGGCGCGCAGAGUAAGUUGGAACAUUGACAGUAAACCUUGGGUAUCUUCUCCAUUUUUUUUCCCAGUGCCAGAAUAUUAUCCUGGGUUUAUUUCCCAUACCAUUAUUAUGAAAAUUUUGUACAAAUUUGCGAGUUGUCAAUGUUUGAUGAUAUAGAAUGUAUAGUUUACUAGUUAUCUGGACUCUGGAUUAAAAUAUUGAAUUAAAAUUUUGUAUAGUCAAAUGGCCCGGGAAAUUAUUUUUACUCGAGGUUUAUUACUCUGGUAAUUUUUUUUUUCAACCUUA